AUGAGACGAACAAUAGCUCUUUAUUCAUCUCUUGCUCUAUUGCUUUGCCUUUGUUUCAUCUAUCAUAUUGAGGGUCUAAAUAGUAGUUUUAGUGUGGAACUCAUACACCGUGACUCUUCAAGAUCACCAUUCUACCGUCCCACAGAAACUCAAUUCGAGAGAGUAGCCAAUGCUGUGAGUCGUUCUAUCAAACGUGCUUCUAUCCCUACAAACACACCUCAGACAACCAUAACCCCAGAUCGAGGUGAAUACAUCAUGAGCUAUUCAGUUGGCACCCCACCAUUCCAUCUCUUUGGUAUUGUUGAUACUGGUAGUGACAUGGUUUGGCUACAAUGCAAGCCUUGUCAAAACUGUUACCACCAAACCACACCAAUGUUUGAUCCUUUAAAAUCCCAAACUUACAAAAACAUUCCUUGCUCUUCUGCCACAUGUCGAUCUCUACCUGAUGGAGAUCUUAGUGUGGAGACUCUCACUUUAAGCUCCACUAAUGGUUAUCCUUUCACAUUCCCUAGAAUUGUGAUAGGAUGUGGUCACAACAAUAAUUUGCCCAUUCAAGGGAUAAACUCUGGGGCAGUUGGCCUUGGAAAAGGACCUUUCUCCCUUAUAUCGCAAAUGGGGUCUUCGAUUGGUGGAAAAUUCUCCUAUUGUUUGGUACCAAUGCUUUCAAAAUCUAAAGUUUCAAGCAAACUCAAUUUUGGAGAUAAAGCAGUGGUUUAUGGUUAUGGGACUGUCUUUACUCCCAUUGUCCAAAAGAAUCCAAAUAUCUUUUACCACCUAACCUUGGAAGCAUUUAGUGUGGGCGAACACAAGAUAGAGUUUGGAUAUAGUGAAGUGGGAAAUAUCGUAAUUGAUUCAGGCACAACAUUAACUCUUUUGCCAAAUAAUGUUUACUCUAAAUUGGAAUUGGCUGUGGCAAAUGUAGUUAGAUUGAAGCGUGUUGAGGAUCCUACUCGACAAUUGAGCCUUUGCUAUAGAACAACAUCAGAACAACUAAAAGUUCCAAUAAUCACUGCACAUUUUAGGGGUGCAAAUGUUCAGUUGAAUGCUCUUAACACCUUUGUUCCAGUUGCUGAUGGAGUUUCAUGCUUUGCUUUUGCUUCAACUCAAGGUGAUGCCAUCUUUGGGAACUUGGCGCAACAAAACUUCUUGGUUGGUUAUGACCUCCAAAAGAGUAUUGUCUUGUUUAAGCCCACAGAUUGCACCAAGCAGUAUUGA